GGACAGGGGUGCGUGGAAGCUUGCUAUCCAUGUGCCAGAGCCAUGAGUUGGUUGCGAGAUCUUAUGGGUUUCACCUCUAGCCUACCCCAACUUGCUUGGGACUAAAGGCUUUGUUGUUGUUGUUGUUGUUGUUGUUGCUGCCACAUUAAAACUAGGUACAAAGGAAAUUUGCUUACAGCAGUUGGUGUCGAUCCCAAUGACUGCAUAUUCCCCAUUGCAUUUGGUCUUUGUGAAGUAGAAUCGACAAGUAGUUGGGAGUGGUUCUUGGCUUCAUUGAAGGAUGACCUGAACAUUUCCAACUCAUCAUCUUACACACUAAUGAGUGACAAGCAAAAGGGUUUGAUUGCUGCAGUGCAGAAAGUGUUCCCUCAUUCUGAGCACAGACAUUGUGUGAGGCACAUAUAUCAGAAUUUCCACAAAGUACAUAAGGGUGAAACAUUGAAGAAUGAUUUAUGGGCAAUAGCAAGAUCUACAAACAAAAUUGCUUACCACAAAAACAUGGACCAAAUAAAGGAACACAGUUUAGAUGCUUACAAGUGGGUUGAGAAGUUGUCUCCAAGAACAUGGAUAAAGGCUUUCUUUAACCCUUUCUGCAAAUGUGACAUCCUCCUCAACAAUAUGUCUGAGGUGUUCAACAGCUAUAUUCUGGAUGGAAGAGAUCUGCCAAUAAAGUCCAUGUUAGAUUAUAUUUUCCAUAAACUAGCAAACAGGAUAGUUGGCAAACAAAGGGAAUCUGAGAAGUGGACUGGCCGGCUGUGCCCCAAAAUUCAGAAGAAACUAGACAAAUAUAUAGAAUGGGCAAAGAACUGCAUGGUUACUGAGUAUGGGAAAGGUGUUUUCCAGGUUUUGUCUCUAAAUAAUACAUAUGUUGUGGAUUUGAACAUGAACAGUUGUGACUGCAACAGAUGGGAACUCUCAGCCAUCCCAUGCCAUCAUGCCAUUGCAUGUUUCAGACAUGAAAGGAUUGAGCCAGAGAGCAUGGUGCAUGACUGUUAUAGUGUUGAGAACUACAAGAGUUGCUAUGGCUGGAACCUUAUGCCUAUGAGGGACAUGAAGCAUUGGGAGAAAAUGAAUGGCAUAGAUGUGUAUCCACCUAUUUACACAAAAGUCAUGAGAAGGCCAAAGAAAAGUAGGAAGAAAGAGCCAGAAGAGAAAAAGGGUAAGGAUGGUCUGAAGAAAGUAACAAAACAUGGUGUCACUAUGCAUUGUUCUAUAUGUGGAGCUGCUGAUCACAAUAAAAAAGGUCACCACAACCAUGUGAAUGAUGAAGCAAAACCAAGAGGAGCAGAGGAAUCAGAAGAAGAGUAUGAUGACCCAAGCAUCAUUGCUAACAUUAUGCCACAUAGAGUAAAUCCCAUGCUGGAUCCAACACAAAGUAAAGAUUCCAUGGUGUUCAUGAUGCAGGAAAGGGAGAGGUUUAGGUCACCAACAAUUAGAGAUUAUGGUCCACUACCUGAAUCAAGCUUUAUUGCUAAUGCUAGGGACUCAAUCCCAGUAAGUAGAGUGACUACAGCAAUGACAAGUGGAAGGGUGAGAAGAGCAGAAGGUGUUGCAGCUGAAUCUGAACAAGGAGCUGCACCAAGACCCAGGAAGAAGCAGGCAAGAGGAGGGUCAAUUGCUGCAAGGGGAGGGAGAACACCUGCUGCAAGAGGAGGGGCAAAUGGUGCAAGGGGAGGGUGAACACCUGCUGCAAGAGGAGGGGCAAAUGUUACAAAGGGAGGGAGAACACCUGCUGCAAGGGGAGGGAGAACAACUGCUUCAAGGGGUGCAAGAGGAGGGGCAAAUGCUGGAAGGGGAGGGAGAACACCUGAUGCAACAGGAGAUAGCACAAGUGCUCCAAGAGGAGCUAGAGCUACUGCCCCUGGCUCCUACAACCUUCUCUUUGGAAAUGAUGGAGCAAGUGCACACCAAGCCCCACACUUCAUGCAAGCAGAAGAGGAGGUUCUUGUUAGCCAAAAUGCACCAAAUGGUCUCUAUGAUGAAGGAUGGCCUGAUGACCUUCAUGAUUUCCUCUCACUGUUAUAGCCAUUUUUCCAUCUCACCUAGUUUCAGUUCAUGAAUGAACUUCUCAUGCAUCUUAGUUGAGUUCAUGAAUGAACUGCUCCUUUUGUUCGGGGUUAAGAGACCAAGAUACCAAACAAACCCUUUAUGUUUUGCUCACGUUUCAGAUGUACUGGAUUUGGUCAAGUUCUGUUUGAAAUACUGCUAUUCAUGUUAUCACUGGAAA